GCUUGGGUGCCUGCGGCGCAUGCGCAGGCGGACCGGUUGCUGACUCUUCAGGGUCGCCGCCUCCGCCGAGGUCGGCCGCAGAUCUGAGUCUCGUGCUCUCUUCGUUCGCUUACCGGCGGCUUCCCUCCCAUUCUCGCGCCCUGGGACGGCGAGGCUGGGAAAAGGGGUUGAGAGGGCUGUUGGUCGCCGCCUUUAACUUGUGCGUGGGGCCGCCAUGUCGGCCGGCGAGGUGGAGCGCCUGGUGGAGCUGAGCGGCGGGACCGGAGGGGAUGAGGAGGAAGAGUGGCUGUAUGGCGGCCCGUGGGACGUGCAUGUGCACAGUGACUUGGCAAAGGAUCUAGAUGAGAAUGAAGUUGAAAGGCCAGAAGAAGAAAAUGCCAGUGCUAAUCCUCCAUCUGGAAUUGAAGAAGAAGCUGCUGAAAAUGGCGUGGCAAAACCGAAAGUGACAGAGACUGAAGACGACAGUGAUAGUGACAGUGACGAUGAUGAAGAUGACGUUCACGUCACUAUAGGAGACAUCAAAACGGGAGCACCACAGUAUGGGAGUUAUGGAACAGCACCAGUAAAUCUUAAUAUCAAAGCAGGGGGAAGAGUUUAUGGAAAUACAGGAACCAAAGUCAAAGGAGUGGACCUCGAUGCACCUGGCAGCAUUAAUGGAGUUCCACUCUUGGAGGUAGAUCUGGAUUCUUUUGAAGAUAAACCAUGGCGGAAACCUGGUGCUGAUCUUUCUGAUUAUUUUAACUAUGGCUUUAAUGAAGAUACUUGGAAAGCUUACUGUGAAAAACAAAAGAGGAUACGAAUGGGACUGGAAGUUAUACCUGUUACUUCAACCACAAACAAGAUUACGGCCGAAGACUGUACUAUGGAAGUUACACCAGGUGCAGAGAUCCAAGAUGGCAGAUUCAAUCUUUUUAAGGUACAGCAAGGGAGAACUGGAAAUUCAGAGAAAGAAGCAGCUCUUCCAUCUACAAAAGCUGAGUUUACUUCUCCGCCAUCAUUGUUCAAGACUGGUCUGCCACCAAGCAGAAACAGCACCUCUUCUCAGUCUCAGACAAGUACUGCCUCCAGAAAAGCCAGUUCAAGCGUUGGGAAGUGGCAGGAUCGAUAUGGGAGGGCCGAGUCACCUGAUCUAAGGAGAUUACCUGGAGCAAUUGAUGUCAUUGGUCAAACAAUAACCAUCAGCCGAGUGGAAGGAAGACGGCGUGCAAAUGAGAACAGCAAUAUACAGGUCCUUUCUGACAGAUCUGCCACUGAAGUAGACAACAAUUUCAGCAAACCACCUCCAUUUUUCCCUCCAGGGGCUCCUCCUACUCACCUUCCUCCUCCUCCAUUUCUUCCACCUCCUCCAACUGUCAGCACCGCCCCACCUCUCAUUCCACCACCAGGUAUUCCAAUAACUGUACCACCUCCAGGUUUUCCCCCUCCACCAGGCGCCCCACCUCCAUCUCUUAUACCAACAAUAGAAAGUGGCCAUUCCUCUGGGUAUGACAGCCGUUCUGCACGAGCGUUUCCCUAUGGCAAUGUCGCCUUUCCCCACCUUACCAGUUCUGCUCCCUCAUGGCCUAGCCUUGUGGACACCACCAAGCAGUGGGACUAUUAUGCACGGAGAGAAAAAGACCGAGAUCGAGACCGGGAGAGAGACCGAGACAGAGAGCGAGAGCGGGACCGGGACAGAGAAAGGGAACGCACCCGGGAGCGGGAGCGAGAGCGCGACCACAGCCCCACCCCAAGUGUUUUCAACAGUGAUGAAGAGCGAUACAGAUACAGGGAGUAUGCAGAGAGAGGCUAUGAGCGCCAUAGAGCUAGUCGGGAGAAAGAAGAGCGGCACAGAGAACGACGUCACAGAGAGAAGGAGGAAACAAGACACAAGUCCUCUCGCAGUAAUAGUAGACGUCGCCAUGAAAGUGAAGAAGGGGACAGUCACAGAAGACACAAGCACAAAAAGUCUAAAAGAAGUAAAGAAGGAAAAGAGGCUGGCAGCGAGCCAGUCCCAGAACAGGAGAGCACCGAAGCUGCCCCUGCCGAGUAGGCUCCACUUCUUCUCAGGCACAUGAACCUGACUGGCAGAGCAUCAGACCACUCCAUGGCCAUCUGUCUGAGCAAGGAUCAAGGCGCUCUGGCUGCUGUUAAUAUGUUUUCCGAGGAUCAGCGGUAGCGUAGGAUGUGGGGGAUUUUUUUAUAUUGUUUCCAUAUUAAGAAUAAAAAUAAACUCAGCGACAGUAGUGUUAGAUCAGUCAUUUCUCAUUAAAACCAGAGCACAGGUUAAACUCUGGACUAACCCCAAGAGGCAUUCUAGAGCAGCGAUGGGGCUAGGAGCCUAGUGUGUGAAAGAUGAGGCAGUUAGAGCCACCAGUAAGAGGACUGCUCUCACUUAGAAGAUACCCAUUUCUCAUUGAAAUCCUCCGCCAUUAAGCUUAAAUGCCCAUAAUACGCUCUGUCUUUCAACUCUACUUAUACCACAUUUGUAAUCGACUUGAAUUAAGUGUGGCAUACAAACCAUGUAAGUCUUUAUGGGCUUUUUAUUGAAUUAAAAAUAUAUAAACUUAAAAGAUUUGGAGUAAUAAGAAAUCCUCUACACCAAAUAAAAAUUAUCACUAGUUUUUAUUUUUGAGAACAGUCUCUGAGGUGUAACUUUUCAUAAUAUCAUACUUUUCUGGCAUUUUUUACAAUAUAUUCUUUAAAUAUAAAAAUUGACAAGAUAAAUACAAUUUUACUUAGCCUAUCUGUGGUUUUUCUAAGAUCCAUCAUUGAUUUUAUAAAAAAGUACCAGGCCAAGAAGCAAUGGUCAGAGUAAUUCUCCCUUUAAGUUCCUUGAGCAUCCUGGCCAAGCAAGCGUGUAUCAUACCCGAUGUACUUCUACCGUUGACAGCGAGAAGAAUGUCACCACAUCUAAAAAGAACACAGCACUGAGAUCAGAACCACUUCAUGGUUGAAGCUCCUCAAAGGGACUUGGGUGGUCCUAGGGUUUGCCAUAUUUGUCCAUUUUAAUUCUGAUCUGAACUUCCCUCUUCACGUAAAUUCUUCAAGCUCUACUCGGCUUGCAUUAGAAGGUAUAGUAGUAUAUAGGAACUUUCGAGGUAGGACCAAGGCCGGUUAUAAUUUUGGGUUUCUUACUACCUAACUAGUACACUCAUAUUUUCAUUUCUCACUCUUCAGGAAAGUAUAUUCUAUGCUUUUUCUUUCAAGUGGAGCCAAGUUUUUACAUGUAGAAAACAAAAAUACUUGAAUAUUAUCUUUUGCUAAGUAAUCAUUACCUGAUUCUUCCAUCAUUGUAUGCAGGUGUUCCUUCGACAAUGGACUUGAUAAAAAAAGGUUUGUUCCCACUGUAUUCUUCAUAACCUCCCACAAUGCAGAAGCCCAGGCUUCCAGCUGUGUUCCUUCGUAGUAUCACAUCUUUACAGUUAUAUAAGUACCUGAAAUAGAAUGUAAUUAAUGUCUAUUUAAAUGAGUUUUGAGUUGUGACUUCUCUCAUCCAUUUUUUGGGGACACUUUUAAAAUGAAAAAAAUACUGCAUAUAUCUCCCUCAGGUGACAGCAAAUUUUUAUGCUCUCAGUCAGCUUUUGUAUUUGAUCUCUCUUUUCCAUAGCUGAAUACCCUUUCAACAAAAGGACUUAGUAUUAUGUUCUAUUUGUGUCUCUACUGAGAAAGAUGGCCACAUUUUUUUGGCUAAGGACAAAAUAAUGCAUGAGCCAAAAGUAGGAUAUGUCUCGAUACUUCUAAUGAUAACCCACAGUUGAACAUAUUGAGGGGGUAUAAUUUUAUAUACUUGGGGGCUCAUAUAAUUUGUAAAGAAGACAAACAUUCUCAGAAUUAGCGAUUAAUUGCAAGGACAAUAAUUUUAACUUUUGCUAAUGAACUUCAUUAAGUUGUAAGCUUUCUAUUGACCCUUGGAAAAUACUAGUUUACUCAUACAAACUUAGAAGACUGUAGACAAAGUGAAUGGAAACUGGGCCAAAAAUAAUGGAGUAGUUGUUGGAGUAAAAUAACAUGGCAUAGCUGCAGCAGAGAAUACAAAGGGGAGGGAGGAGCACAGCUGGCCUGAGAACCACUACCACCUUCAACUAGGAGAGUCGUGGCUGUCAGACCUAAGUGCAAACAGUUGCAUUACAGUAGACAGGGUGUCGGAAGAUGGGGGUGGCUCUAGGAUCAAAGGAUCGACCACAUGUGUGUCUAUGGUCUAGGACCUGCUUUUGACUGGAAGAUAGAGUUUUUAUGUUGGUAGAAAUGAAGAUGUUUUGUUUAUAGACUGUACCUUAAAAUAAUCAGUUGCUUUUUGAUAAUAAAAAUGAUCUUGUGAAA